AUGCCACCCAAAGCAUCUGGCAAAGCCGUGAAGAAGGCAGGAAAAGCCGUGAAGAACAUCACCAAGGGUGACAAGAAAAAGAAGCACAAGAAGAGGAAGGAGAGCUAUGCUAUCUACAUCUACAAGGUGUUGAAGCAAGUCCACCCCGACACUGGUGUCUCUUCCAAGGCGAUGAGCAUCAUGAACAGCUUCGUCAAUGACAUCUUCGAGCGUAUCGCCUCCGAGGCUUCUCGCCUGGCCCAUUACAACAAGAGGUCCACCAUCACCUCCCGGGAAAUUCAGACAGCCGUGAGGCUCUUACUGCCUGGUGAAUUGGCUAAGCACGCCGUUUCUGAAGGAACCAAGGCAGUGACCAAGUACACCAGCUCCAAGUAAAUCGUAUCAAUCGGCCCUUCUCAGGGCCAC